UCUGUUUAGCGUCGCCUGGCAACAGAGUCGGGUUGUCCUGUGCGCACAAGGCGGCUGUCAUGGCAAAGUUCGUCCUUGCUGGAAGGGCAGACUGCCCCUACUAUGCCAAAGCAGAACUUCUAGCAGAUUACCUUCAGAAGAACCUGCCGAACUUCAGAGUACACAAAAUGACCCAGCAUCCAGAUGACUGGGAGGAGUGGCUGGCGGACUUGUGCCUAAGGAAUGGAUGGAAGCACAACCGCUCUCCUAUAAUAUGGAGAGAGCUGUUAGAUCGGGGAAGCAAGGGCCUACUUCUUGGAGGGUUUAAUGACUUUCUGGAACAUGCCCAGGAGUACUACAAUGUAACAUCAGCUAUGGUGAGUGAUCAAAUGAAGGACAUUGCUGCAGAGAAUAUACAAGCCCACCUUGACCUAGAAGAAGAAGAAAAUAACAUUAGGCAGCAGUUCAAUCCACUGCAUCUCUGGAUUAUCAGUGCUUCAAUGCCUGCCAGCUACAGCCUUAUCCCUAUAUUGGCCAGCGGUGAGGUUUUUGGAAGAAAGAAAGACAUCUGGUUACAUUUAUUGGACAGCAUCCACGCCCAGCAGACUUUGCAAGGACUGAAAAUGGAGGCUGAAGACUUAGCGUACCCAUGUCUGCGGAAAGUGACUCUCCACACAAUAGCUGAUGAUGCAUUUCUUCAAGCAGACUUUGUAAUUGUCCUUAAUGAUGUACUUGCCAAAGACGACCAAUGUUCAGAAGCUCAUAUUAGCAAGAUCAAGGAACAGUGUGCUCAGUAUGGAAGGCUCAUUGAUCAGAAUGCAAGCAAAGACGUGAAAGUGAUUGUAUCAGGAAGCGCUUAUGCAAACCUCUCAGCCCUGGUUCUAAUACAAAGUGCACCAUCUAUCCACCCUCACCAUAUAGUGGCUUUGCCAACACAGCUGGAGUUUGAGGCGAAAGCUCAGAUAGCAAAGAAGCUCAGUAUAAAUUCAUCAGUCAUCAAAGAUGUGAUCAUUUGGGGCAACAUUGGUGGCAUUAACCACCUUGAUCUUCAUAUGUCAAAAAUAUACGAAUAUGACAGUUCUAUUUGGAGUCCAUCAAGUUUCUUUAGACCAUUACUCCCCAUGAUACAUGACAGGAAAUGGUUGAAAAACGAGAUUGUCACAGAGUGGAAAAAACGAAAGGAACAUCGCUCCGGCCUUUCAGCUGCCCACUCCAUUGCCACUGUCUUGUCCUAUUGGCAACAUGAUUCAGAUGCUGAAGGGAUUGUUUCACUUGGUGUCCUCAAUGAAGGAUUUUUUAAUCUUCCAGCUGAUAUUGUUUACUCCAUGCCAGUUAAAUUCCAGAAUGGGAACUGGCAGGUAUGCACACAGGUAGCAAUUCCGGAAGAUGCCAGAGACGCCAUGUUACAAGCAGCAGCUGAGUUAAUCAAGGAAAAAAACAUUGCUUUUGGAAUUUCCCAAGAACUAACAUUUGGAUUGGAGGAAGCAAAAGAAGAAGAAGUCAUUGAACAGGAAAAUUCAUCAAACAAACUGAAAAAAGAAUCUUCAUUGCUGAGUGGGGAAGAUCAGCUAAAUGUCCAGGCAUCUCCUGACCAACCUAGUUGAAGUUCUCUUACCUUAAACUUACCUGUGGUUUAUUGCUUUUCCAAGACUUUUAUACUGUGAACCAUCCUCUGAAUAGGCCAUCAGUAGGCUUCAGCGAAUCAACCUUAAGAUCAUAGAUCCAAAGUUGAUUCGUUCAAAUACGUAGAUUUUAAUGCUGUUUUUAUUCAGCAUUAAAAUGUAAAAUUUUGCCCGAAGUCACGCAAGACUUCAGCGAAUUGCUACUGUAUUCAUAUCUGCGUAUUGAAAUUUUUUUUAAAUAACAAUCCAAAUUGGGCUUUACUGGUUGGUACCUCGACACCAAAGCCUAGUUCAGAUUGCUAUUAAUUUUUUUUUAAAAUACGCACAUAUGAAGGCACUAAUAAUUCACUGAACAAACUUUGGCUCCACGGAGCCAAUAUAUUUUAAUGCUGUACGGAAACAGCAUUAAAAUCAAAGUAAUUGAACGAAUUAACUCCGGAUCCAUGAUCCGAAGGACAAUUCGCUCAAGCCUAGUCAUCAGUAUCUGAUUGGUGGGGGGUUCUGGAUGUUGGAUCCCCAGGUGUAUCAGCUGUUUGAGAGGGCACUGGUGCUCACAGUAGUGCCUCGGCCUUCUUGCUGCUUAGCCUAGGCCAUGUGACGUUACAUUCAUUGAUCACAUGGCCUAGUUGCAGCUCCGCCCCUUUGAAGUGAAAGAGGCUGAGCUGCGAUCCCAAGCACAGCCGCUAUCAAAUGUAUGGCACUGUGCUUUGAGCUGAGAGAAGGCCGCGGCGCUAUGGUGAGCGCCAGUGCCUUUUCAAACAGCGGAUCAGCGGUUGUCCCCGGUGGCGGACUUCCACCAAUCAGAUACUGAUGACUUAUCCAGAGGGUAGGUUAUCAGAAUAAAAGUCUAGGAAAACCCCUGUAAUCUAUUUUCACUUAAUAAUUACUAAAUAAGAUUAACCUGUAACAAAGAUUAAAA